CUUUUCUUGGGUAGUUUGUUCUCGUCUUGUUUCCUUGGCCGCCUAUUUAUUACAGCGAAACUUCAACACGCUUGCGUCUUUGUGUGCAUGCGUUGUCAAGAUCCGUCAACCAUUCAAUUUGCGUCACCCGAUUGUCCUCGUCUUUGUUCGCCGCGGGCCAAUAUCCUCCUUUUUUGUGCCUCUGUGAAACCGCUACAGAUAUGUGCACUGCCGUUUCACCAGCCGGCUAUUUAGGGCGCGAUUGAAGAUAGUCACGCAGGAGGGGCGCGGGGCUUCGGUGGAGUCGCCGACGGUCGCCGUUGAGGGUUGGAAAACGUCGCGCAAGUCGUCGUCGUGAUCGUUGGCGCAAGCAAAGUCGUUGGAGUGUGGUUGCAGGCGAGCCGGAGCGUGCAGGCUUGGACGGAGGGAAAAGAACGGCGGCAACGUGAGGGGAAGAUUAGGAGGAGACUAAAUGUGGGAAGGAGGCACAUAUGGGCGGGGGCCAGGCGGGCGAGCAAUCGACUAGGGAGGGUGGACUAGGCAGGAUAAGUUAAGUUAAUUGGGGACUUGGACUUGCAGGGAGUGAGUCGGAAGCAUUGAGCCUGGGCAGGGCACCAGCAGACCCGAGCACACCAGAAUUGGCAACCAAGCCAGGGUGCAGGUGGGAUUGAUAGGAUGGAUGGGGGCCGGGGUUCGUGGCGGGUCUUUUUGGGCCCAAGUCAAACUCCUUGACGGGCUAGCAACACAAUACAGUAAUAAAAUGCUUGCACCUGAUCAAGUACUGCGUAUUGGUAUGAACGUACUCAGGCUAUUUCCAGGAUCCAGCUGUAGCGAGGUGAAGUUGCGUACGGGAGGAACGACAUCAAACAUUGGAUCGUAUCCCUGGAACUAUACACAAGCAGAAACUAACAGACGGGAUGUUAGCGUUCGUCCACCUCGCUCGGACUGCUUGGCGGGCUGGCGUUGCAAGGGCAGGGGUUCUUGCCAGGGCUCACCAGCGCCACUGGAGGACUAUUUACGUACCCAGGUACACGCAUCUCUCAUGCAUUCUAGCUCCAGCAUAGGGAGGGUCUUCAAACUUGGAGGCUCAGCGCAAAUACCACGGACAGGACCGACCAUUUCGUCCCCCGCCUACUCCUCCUGUACCUGCAGCUCAUUAUGUUCCGAAAUGUUGCACGUCAGAAAGAAGCGCAUCUACGUACGGAACUUUGCGGCCAUAGCUACCUUUUGUUGUGGUAUCUUUCCACCACGCUACCGUCGGCGAUGCGUUAGUGGGUCCCAAGAGUAG